AUGUCGGACAUCUUGGGCAAAUCCGCCCACGAUUCGCUGCCUAGCUAUGCGGCUGUGGCCGAGCCUCGUGCUCGCAAGCCGCGCUCGGCGGCGCUGCGCACGUCGUUCGUCUCGCUGCUCGGCCUCGUUGCCCUCGUGUACUACCUCGGCGCGCUGACGACUUUCGAUGCAAGCGAGCACCACGUCUACCAGCCCACGGCGCAUCCUCACGUUCAGAGCGUCUUUGCGGCUGCGCUGGCAAAGUGCGAUGCGGUCGCAGCUCCCGUGGGUGCGCCGGCGCAGUUUCACCAGCGCACGCGCUCCGAGCGCGCCGAACCCGCGCAGCAGGACGUUGUCAUCCGCAACGCCACCGUUUGGACCGGCCUCAAUGGCGGAAACGAGGUGCUCGAGGCCCGCGACGUCUUGCUGUCCAACGGCAUCAUCAAAAAGAUCGCAGAGACCGGCAAAAACGAGUUCGUAAGCGCCAGCGCCAAGUUUAUCGACGCCGCUGGAAGGUGGGUUACGCCUGGUCUGGUUGAUAUGCAUGUGCACUUGUCUGUCGGUGCACUGCCUGCACUUCCGGGCCACGACGAUGUCAACAGCAUCGGCAAGAACACCAACCCGUACCUGCGCACCAUCGACGGCAUGAACCAGCACGACGUUUCGUUCCGCAAGUCGCUCGCAGGUGGCAUCACCACCGGCCUCGUGCUACCCGGUUCGGCGAAUUCGAUGGGCGGUCAGGCAUUUCCCAUCAAGUACCGUCAGCCCUCAUCGCACCUGCCGCAGGACCGUCUCAUCGAGCCCCCCACCUCGCUCGCUCCGCUCGGUCAGGGCAAAGGCCCCAAAGCAGCCAGCUUCCAUGCCGAGACGGGUCUGGCGCGCAACGAUAGCAGCUCCAGCUGGAGGUACAUGAAGAUGGCUUGCGGCGAGAAUGCGCGUCGCGUGUACAAGAUGACGCGAUUCGAUGAGGCGUGGGACUUCCGCCGCACCUUUACCGCCGCACGCGAGCUCAAGAACAAGCAGGACGCCUUCUGCGACUCUGCUCGCUCCUUCUCUGCGCUGCACGGAGCCGGUGCUGCGCCCGCGACGCUGGCUGACGCCGAAUUCCCAGACGACCUCGAGCUCGAGGCGCUCGUCGCACUGCUGCGCGGCAAGGUUAAGCUCAACACGCACUGCUACACCCAGGUCGACUUUGAGGCGUUUGUGCGCCACUCGAACGAGUUCCAGUUCCCCGUCGCGGCGUUCCACCACGCUCACGAAUCGUACCUCGUGCCGGACCUGCUCAAGCAGACGUACGGCAACGUCACCCCCGCCAUCGCCAUCUUCUCCACCAACGCCAACUACAAGCUCGAGGCGUACUUUGGCACGCCCUUCACCGGCGCCAUCCUGGCAGCGCACAAUGUGACGCCCAUCUACAAGUCCGACCAUCCCGUGACGGACUCGCGCCGCAUCCUCAACCAGGCCGCUCAGGCACACCACUUUGGCCUCGACGAGGUCUCGGCGCUGCGCAGCGUCAUCUCGGCGCCUGCAGAGAGGCUGGGGCUGGAUCAUCGGCUCGGAUACGUCAGGCAGGGCUGGGAUGCGGAUGUGGUAGUGUGGAACACGCAUCCGCUCAGGAUCGGCGCUACGCCCGUCGAGGUCGUCAUUGAUGGCGUGCCACAGCUCGGUCCACAUGCAUCCGUGCCCGCUCCUACGCUGCCCGAAGACGCCGAGGCGCAAGGCGACAAGAAGGCCGUGCCUGCUCCUAAGGCUCCCAAGGGCGGCAACUUCAGCGCCGAGAUCGCCAAGGUCACCAGCUCGUACGACAAGAUCAUCACGUUUGAGCAGCUGGCGUUCCCGAGCGCACAGCCGCCCACGCCCAACUGCACCGUCUUCACCAACGUGCGCGAGCGCUUCUUUGCCCAGCCCGAUGCUGCCGGCAAGCCGCGCAUUGCGUCGACGCGCUUCGGCGGUGCGGGUGGCAGCAUCGUCGUCGAGGGCGGCAAGGUGGUUUGCAGCGGUGAGACGUGCAGUGCCUCGGCGUGCGCGCGAGAGGCGGCGGUGAUCGAUGCCCAGGGCGGUGUGGUUCUGCCGGGCAUCACGUCGUACGGCUCGAACCUCGGGCUGACGGAUAUCGUAUCUGAAGCCGAGGCGUCGGAUGGGUAUGCGCUCGAUCCGGUGCGUGCGGACAAUGCGGCUGUGCAGACGGCCGAGUACGUGCGUUCGUGGCCCGUAGCACGCGCCGCUGAUGGGCUGCAGUUUGGUGGACACGAUCUGGUGCGUGCGCGCGCCUCGGGCGUGACCAAGGCCAUCGUCUUCCCGCAGAGCGACACGUUCUUCUCUGGCAUCUCGACGCGCUUCGACACGGGCGCGCAGACGGUACUUGACGAACGCGCCGUCCUCGACGACGAAGUUGCAGUUCACAUCACGCUCAGCCACAACGGUGGAGGCGGACCGUCGAUCUCGGAGCAGAUCGGUCUUUUGCGCCAGCUGCUCACUGCCAACGAGGGCAGUGCCAAGGGGAGCGACUCGGCUUCUGUGUGGCGCCGCGUUGCGGCGGGUGAUCUGCCUCUUGUGGUGACGGCGCUUCGUGCCGAUCACAUCAGCCAGGUGCUCCGACUCAUCGACGCAUUCCCCUCGGUCAAGCUCGUCAUCUCUGGUGCUGCCGAGGGCCACCUGGUUGCCGACCAGCUCGCUAAGCGCAAUGUCGGGGUGCUGCUCAUCCCGCAGACCUGGCCGCGCACGUUUGACGAGCUGCGCGGCUUGAGCGGCCCGCCCCUGACGCGCGCCACAACGCUCUCGGCCCUCCUCGACGCCGGUGUGCGUGUGGCGCUCAAGAUCGAGGAGGCUUGGAUGGCAGCUAACCUGCUGUGGGACGCUACGCGCGCCGCGCUCGAGACCGACGGAAAGAUCGACAAACACGCCAUCGUCCACCUCCUCACCACCGCUUUCGACGACCUGCUCGGCGUCAAGGCCGCAAAGACCGAUGACGAGUUUGUCGUCUACGACCGAUCGCCGUUUGAGUACGGCGCCAAGGUCCUCGCUGUCCACUCGCAGAAAGGCACCGAGACCGUGCAGGUCUAA